GAGGCCACGGGAGGCCACGCCAGGCGGCCUCUGGGCGUCGUGACGCCGCUCGGGAAGACGGUGACGAUGACACUGCGCUCGUACUGCACGUACCUCCGCAGGCACAGGGACGCGGAUGAUCCGCUGUACCUCUUCGACUCCGGGGAGCUGGCGGCAGCGCUGUUCCACUCGUGCCUUGCGAGCUGCCUCGAGAGGACUGGCGCAGCCCCGGCGCAUCAAUGGGCUGCAGGUGUCCUGGCUGGCCCCGGGGGGCGGUGCUUGGCUGAUUCCGCUGAGUGGCUGGAGACCUGCUCUCCGCCGCCGAGGAGCCCUCGGGCCGCGCCCCCGCGGGCCUGCUGGACGGGCUGGAGCGGCGGUACCUCACCGUCGGGCCCGCGGGCUCGGGCGCGCGCUUCCACGUGGACCCCUUCGCCGCGUCCGCGGUGA